AUGAGGAUCUUAGCAGCUCUGCUUGCAGUCUGCUGCCUACAAGAAGCUAUCUCCAUGAGGGUGGGAGAGUUCAUGCAAGGACCUAGAAGAGCGGUCCGAGAGGCUGGAGCUCCUGCACCUAUCGAGUGUAAAAUGUCUGCCUGGUCCCCAUGGAAGCCAUGUGAUCCAUGCACUAAAACCAUGUAUCGUUCCAGGAGUAUUGAGAUGUUUGGGCAAUUUGGAGGUCAAAAGUGUAUAGAGCCGAUUGGAGAAAGAAAACUGUGCAAACCAUCAACUAAAUGUGUGGAGAGCCCACCCCCCAUCUGCUCCAGCUCAGAGUUCCAGUGUGAAUCAGGUUUGUGUGUUAAAAAACGUCUGAAGUGUAACGGGGACAAUGACUGUGGUGAUUUUUCUGAUGAAGAGGAGUGUGACACAUUUCGCCGCCCAUGUGGUGAUUUCCCAGUGACAGAGUCAGACAUCGGUCGCACUACUGGAUACGGAAUUAAUAUCCUGGGCUCUGGCCCCCGUAUGAACCCGUUCAACAACAAAGUGUACAAUGGAAUGUGUGAACGUGUGAAAGACCCAUCCACAAUGCUCUACAACCGGCUACCUUGGAAUGUCGCUGUCCUUAACUAUGAGACAUUAGUAGAGGAGACCACCUCUAAAGAGGUCUAUGAAGACACUCACUCUUUGAUAAGUGAGAUUACCAAGGACACCACAACCAAAUCAGGUUUAGAGCUGUCUUUCAAGUUCACGCCAACCGAGUCAUCCACUCAAGAAACUGGCGCCUCUUUCCUGGGUUCAAAUGCUGGAGUCAACACAGAGUCUGAGAAGUCAGAAAUGGUCAAAGCCAUCACUGACUACAGCAGCACUAAGAAUAAGUCCUUCCUCAGGGUGAAGGGGAGAGUGCAGCUGGGCACAUACAGGAUGAGGUCACGGGGCCUGGAGGUCUCAGAGACCUUCCUUGACGAUGUGGACGCAUUACCCCUUGAAUAUGAAAAGAGCCAGUAUUUUGGUUUCUUGGAGGACUAUGGAACUCAUUACACAAAGAAUGGAAAGGCAGGGGGAGAAUAUGACCUUGUAUAUGUGCUGAACAGUGAUGUCAUUACAGAAAAGAACGUGCUGGAGUCCACAUUGAAGGAAUGCCUUAAAGUCGGCAUUAAUGCCGGUAUUCAGAUUGGUGGAGUCCUGGAAGUAAACCAAGGCGGAAAAACAGAUGCCACAAAUAAUUGUGACACGGUCACAAGCAAAACCACAGAUAGCAGCACGAGCAAGCCGGUCAUCGACAAGGUGAUAAGUGCAGUGAAAGGGGGGUCCACACAGUCCGCAGCAGCCAUGAAGUCCCAGCUCAGCAAAGAGGGAGUGAUGGAUCGCCAGUACUAUGUGGAGUGGGCGAGGACGCUGGCAGACCUACCUGCACUUAUCUACAGUGAUCCUGAGCCCAUCUAUAAUGCGAUUCCCCUGAGUUUCCCAGAUGCACAGCCCAGGAGGGAGAACCUGCAGAGGGCACUUCAAGAUUACGUGGCUGAGUACAGUGUAUGCAAGUGCCAGCCGUGUCAGAACGGUGGCACUGUAGCGCAAAUCGACGGGCAAUGUGUGUGUCUGUGCCCACUGCAUUUCGAAGGUAUUGCCUGUCAGACAAUACGCCAUGAUCUCAUGAAAGAUAAGGACAAACCCAUUCAUCAGCAGGGCAACUGGGGCUGCUGGACUCCCUGGUCCAGCUGCAGUGGUGGACGGCGCACGCGCACGCGAACCUGCAGGACAGGUGACAUCGCUGAAUCAACCUGCAAAGGGGACACAACCAGCGAGGACUAUUGCUGA